UGAAGCAGAACGGAAAAAGUUUGUCCCCUCAGAGACACCGUAGUUUGCGUUCCUGCUGCUUUUUUUAUUUCUCUCGCUCCAAUCUGUGCAAAGAAGUAUCAAAACAAAGUAAAGGUCGCUGCUGUUCUUGUUUAACCUUCUACGGUGUUUUUUGCUGCCAUCAUUAUGGGCGGUGUUCCGACGCCUCUGCGGUGCUUCAGCGAGCAGCACUCGGCAGAAAUGUUUGUGGAUGACGGCGUGGAAACGGUGACUUCAGUGGAGCAGAAAAAAGUGGAAAGCAGCAUCGAAGAGGUCAUCAGUGUUUACAAGCAAAUGCACAGCUUACCACAGCCAUCAUUGUUGCGGGAACAACACUACCAAUAUCUGAAGAGAGGAUUACGUCAUUUAUCAGAUGCUUAUGAGUGUCUGGAUGCCAGCAGACCGUGGCUUUGCUUCUGGAUUCUUCACAGUCUGGAGCUCCUGGAGGAGCCCAUUCCUCCUGCUGUCGCCUCUGAGGUGUGUCAGUUUCUGUCACGCUGUCAAAGCCCAACGGGGGGCUUCGCUGGAGGACCGGGACAACACGCCCACCUGGCCCCCACCUACGCUGCCGUCAACGCCCUCUGUAUCAUCGGCACUGAAGAAGCAUAUGAGGUUAUAAACAGGGAGAAGCUCUUAGAUUUCCUCUUCUCGCUGAAGCAGCCUGACGGCUCCUUUGUGAUGCACAUUGGAGGAGAGGUGGAUGUCAGGAGUGCUUAUUGUGCUGCUUCUGUAGCCUCGCUCACAAACAUCAUCACAUCCAAACUGUUUGAGGACACGACCAACUGGAUCCUCAGCUGUCAGAACUGGGAGGGUGGUCUGAGUGGAGUUCCAGGUUUGGAGGCACACGGUGGUUACACGUUCUGUGGCACYGCCGCCCUCGUCAUCCUGGGGAAAGAACACAUGCUGGACCUCAAAGCCUUGCUGAGAUGGGUGGUCAGCAGACAGAUGAGAUAUGAAGGAGGUUUCCAGGGCCGAUGUAAUAAACUGGUGGACGGCUGCUACUCCUUCUGGCAAGCUGGACUCUUACCUCUACUUCACKGAGCCUUAUUCAACGAUGGAGAGUCGGAGCUGAGUCUGCAGAGGUGGAUGUUUGAUCAGCAGGCCUUGCAGGAGUACAUCCUCCUGUGCUGUCAGAACCCCACGGGGGGCCUUCUGGAUAAACCUGGCAAAUCCAGAGACUUUUACCACACGUGUUACUGUCUGAGUGGUCUGUCCAUCGCUCAGCACUUUGGAAACAUGGAGCACUACCAUGAGAUCAUCCUCGGCAAGGAGGAGAACCGACUGGCUUCAACUCAUCCCGUUUACAACAUCGGUCCAGAGAAGGUGGCCCAGGCCCUGCAGCACUUCUUGCGGCUGCCGGUUCCGGACACCGUCCAACAGCCGGAGGCCUCAGCCGACACCGAACCGUCAGAACCAGCCGAAGCUCAGUCCUAGCUCGGCCUCGCUGGGGGCCGUGCUGCUUAUGUGUGAACCAGCCAACCUCUGAAGACCGGACUGGGUUCAGGUCUGACGGGGACCAUUAAGGAGGCGGGGUGUCGGACCCUCAGUCGGGACGAGGGCUGCAGUUUAGCCAGAGUAGAAGUCAACAGUUUGUCUGGACAGCUUUAAAUUUCUGCUUGUGUUGCUUCUUGUUUUGAUCUAAAAUGAAAAGUGUUACUUUGUACGUUUCAGUCUGACUUAAUAAACUUUAUACUGCAGUUAUCAUAA